AUGAUAUGCCGUGAUUAUGACAAUGUUCGCAUCCUCCUCGGCCAGCUCGAAGAAGUCCUGCUCCUGCGGCUCGAGGGCAAUGGCAGCAGUAGCUGCGUCCCCUUCCGCCCUGCCGUCGUCUGUAACCGCGAAGUACCGGACGUGCUGGGUCUCAGCGAAGAAGGUCUGGACAGUGCACCUUCGCCACGACCUGCCCUCGGCCUGCCUGGCCGGCUUCUGCCCGUGCUCCUUGGACACGUGCGCCCUGAUAGCUGGCUCCGACCGCGUAAGGCUCAGGCUCUGGCCGUCGACAUCGCAGAUGGCGCACACGAAUGCCGCGUGGCACCGCAGUCAUGGAAUGGGUGUGCAGGGCUGAUGCGGCAGCUCGACCUCGCUCGGCAGCCGGAGGUCAUAUGUCGCGAAGAGGUCGAGCUGCGCUCGCAACUGAGAACCCUUCAGUAG